GGCUUGUCGCGAUGUGGAAUUGCACCCCACCUCUUCCUGAUAUCCCGCUGUCACGAUCGCUAUUCGCACUUGGCUUGCGCUUCUCCCUGCAGGGAGCUGAUCCCAGUCUUGAGCCUCACAUUCUCCCCCAGUUUCUUCUCGCUCGUCCAGAUUUGUGGCAGGUGCAGCAUCGCAUCGUAGAGGCACUGCUCAAUCACUCAAAUCUUGGGUCAGCUGUCGGUGGUGAAUCACAACGCAAGUGGGAGCCAUUUGUGUUCGAAGAUGCCAACGAUGAUUUCCACUUCCUCUUCUCAUCCUUCUCUCCCAAGCACAGAACCACCGAUUGCUUAAUCUUCAAACUCAUUCCGUCAAAUUCCUUCUCAAACCUGAAAGUCAAACACGUACUCGUUCCUUCAAGACCACUAACUUCCGAGGAUGAACGCAGAUACACUCCGCAAUUCUCACCAUCUGCCUUCUUCCGCGCCAUAGAUGAGUUCCGCUCUGGAACUGAAGACACAAACCCAGACUCCUGGCACAUCGGCGAAGUAGUCUCCAGUACCCAAACAUUGUUUCGCAAAAACCCAUCUUUCCUCCGCGCAUUCCCCUCUCCCACCGUCUCCCUCGCCCAUAGUACAUUUGACAGAACGUGGCAGAGGUUCAAAGGGUCUUCGUCAGUACCAGAUCCUAUAAUCCUCCCCUCUACCCUCAUUUUCAUCCAAUACCUCUAUGCACUUGCGAUAAUCGACAUGUCCUAGACUUCGGCUCUGAAUGGGCACACAAUGUCCAUCUGAAAUGGCCUAAUGGCAUUUAUGGCCUCUUCCCGUCUUCCCGAAACAGCCGAACUUCAGAUUCAAAGUCAACACCGGACCCACGGAAAAUGGGCGGGAUACUGGUAAACACAAGCUUCAGUGGUGGCGUUGCAGAUGUAGUAAUCAGAAGCGAUCUCAAUGUCCUAAACACACCACCCAUCGCCUCACUCGCCCAACUCGCAUCUACAUCUAUCCCAGGGCACUCUGUAGAACGUGUAGCAGCAGCAGGCCUACCUCCUUUGAGCGCAUAUAGAGUUUCUUUUUUGCAGAAUGAGGAACAGG